GUUUUUUUUUUUGACCAAGGAAAGAAACAGAAAGAAGUUUCUUUCUUUUUCAAAAGUCCGAGAAGACCAACACUCAGCUAAGGAGAAUGCAUCACCGAUGUACACAGCCAAGGAAAAUGCAUCACCAACACCAGCUAAGGAAAAUGCAUCGCCAACAGAUAUGCAUUUUCCGGGAAGUUAGAACAUCGUCCCGAAUUUCCUGUUAUAAUUUCCCGGAAAAUGCAUAUCUAUCUGCAAUUAUAAAAGCAAUCAACAAUAAAACUGGAGCUUUCUGAUUAAGAUUAAUAUUAGUCAUCUCCGACUCGUAAAAGUAUACACAAGAUUAAACUCAGUAACAGUUUGUCCAUGGACCAAAGUUCCGAACCCCAGCCUCUUCCUCCGAGUCCCAGCUCGUCUCCGCCGGGACCAGAGUCACUGCCGAUCAACUUCUCCGAGUUAGAGCGUGACAAAAAACCGAUUAGAAGCGGAGCCGGAGGCACGGUGUACAAAGCCGUUCACAAACCCACCGGUCGGCUCUACGCGGUGAAAGUGAUCGACGGCAUCGACUUCCGUGACUACUCGGUCCGGCGUCAGAUCAUCCAAGAGUUCCAAGUCCUCCGCGACGUUGCUAACCCUAACAUCGUCAAGUGCUACGACAUGUUCAACCACAACGACGAUAUUUACGUCCUCCUAGAAUACAUGGAGGGAGGUUCAUUGAAAGGCAAGUACAUCAACAACGAGAAAGCUCUCUCCGACUUGGCUAGGCAGAUCCUCACCGGCUUGACUUUUCUCCACGGACGGCACGUAGCCCACAUGGAUAUCAAGCCCUCGAAUCUCUUGAUCAACUCCAGGCAUGAAGUCAAGAUCGCAGAUUUCGUUGGGAGAGUUUUGGCCAAGACUAUGGAUCCGUGUAACUCUUCUGUGGGGAACAUAGCAUAUAUGUGCCCGGAGAGAAUCAAUACCGAUCUAAAUCACGGAAAUUUUGACGCCUGCACCGGCGAUAUAUGGAGCGUCGGAGUCAGCAUCUUGGAGUUUUACAUUGGGCGGUAUCCCUUCUCUGCACACAAGGGAGAUUGGAGCUUGAUGUGGGGCAUAUGUAUGUCUCAGCCUCCUGAAGCUCCUAUAUAUGCGUCAAGAGAGUUGAGGCAUUUCAUUGCUUGCUGUUUGCAGAGAGAGCCGAAAAAGAGACCGUCGGCGGCGCAGUUGUUGCAGCACCCAUUUAUCUCCGGCAACAGCAGCGGACAGAAGUAGGUUAAUCAGAAUCUGCAUGCUCCAUGUACAACAUUCGCGCCCACUUCCUUAUUAGCUAGCACUUUCAAUCUCUGCCAAUUACUGUAAUGAUGAUGCUGGUUAUCAAUAUUCAGCGAACCUUUGAGAUUCAAUGCACGAGAUUACACAGAAAAGGAAAGUUGACGAGAUUCUCUCUUUUUAGUUUUCUUUUUUCCUUUCUUUCCCUCUCUGUUUGGAACUGGCUGGGUUUAUAACAUUUUCAAAAAGCUCUUCUUAUC